AUGAAUAUACCAGCUACAAGAAACGACCUCAUGGUAGUAAGUAUGGGUCCCCACCACCCAUCAAUGCAUGGUGUUCUUCGAGUCAUCGUUACUCUAGAUGGUGAAGAUGUUAUUGACUGUGAACAUAUUGCUAAAAACCAAACAAUUAUACAAUAUCUGCCUUAUGUAACGCGUUUGGAUUAUUUAGCUACUCUGUUCAUAGAAGCAAUAACUGUAAAUGGCCCGGAGCAGUUGGAAAAUAUUCAAUUAGUUAAAAGAAUGAAAUUGGCUGAUAUUAUGAUGAUACUAGUACAAGAUAUAAAUUCUUUUUCUGGAUUAGAGUUUUUUAAAGAGGUCUACGAAAUUAUAUGGGCCUUUAUUCCUAUAUUUACUCUUGUAUUGGGAAUCACAAUAGGCGUACUGGUAAUUGUAUGGUGAGAAAGAGAAAUAUCCAUAGGAUUGCAGCAACAUAUUGGACCUGAAUACUCCGGCCCUUUAGGAGUUCUUCAAGCUCUAGCAGAUGGGACAAAACUUCUUUUCAAAGAAAAUCUUCUUCCAUCGAGAGGAGAUACUCGUUUAUUCAGUAUCGGACCAUCCAUAGCAGUCAUAUCAAUUUUAGUAAGCUAUUCAGUAGUUCCUUUUAGCUAUCACCUUGUUUUAGCAUAUCUCAAUAUUGGUGUUUUUUUAUGGAUUGCCAUUUCCAGUAUUGCUCCCAUUAGACUUCUUAUGUCAGAAUACAGGUUAAAUAAUAAAUAUCCCUUUUGAGGUAGUCUACGAGUUCCUGCUCAAUCAAUUAGUUAUGAAAUACCAUUAAAUUUAUGUGUGUUAUCAAUAUCUCUAUGUGUGAUUCGGUGA